ACUCUGUACACACACGCUCAGGCAGACACACACACACAUACACACACACACACACACACACACACACACACACACACACACACACACACACGAGCUCUUUAGGACUUGAACACAGCAGCAACAGGGAAUCCACUGAUACAGUCAGGACUGCUUGUAAUGCUGUGUUUCUUUCUAAAUUUGGAGGGAAAGAAGGAUUUUCCCAUAGCUUUCUGUGUGGACUGAACCGUUUCAGAGGGACGUUUUUUUGUCAUCACAGACCGGGUGGCCAAAUGAACGGUUUAGACUGAGGACCAAAGAUCACAAGCCCUGAUCCAACAGCGAGGGAGAGAAAGACGCGUGAUCGUUUUGAAUUCAUUCUCCAACUUAUUUUACACCAUGAGCUGGGCCUGAGGACGUGCUUUAACGUUUCAUUUUGUGGUGAGAAGAAAUCAAAUCAAAGUCACCAUGGAUGUAAAGAAAAAAGAAAUGGACCUCCUGAGCAACAGCAUAGCUGCAUAUGCUCACAUCAAAGCAAACCCAGAGAGCUUCGGCCUUUACUUUGUGCUCGGAGUGUGUUUCGGCCUGGUGCUGACGCUCUGCCUCCUGGUCAUCCGCAUCUCCUGCAAGCCGCGGACCAACGUCGCCCCCGCCACGCCUGAGAAGAAACACCUAAAGGACAUCAGCGAGGAGGACGAGGAGAGUGAGGACGAUGAGGAUGAAGAUGGGGACGAUGUGGAGGCACCUAUGCCUUUGCCCAGCACAGAGAUCCCUGUUGGUAAUCACACCAGCCAAUUAAACGGGACACUGAGUGUGAACGUAUUUACGUCAGCUGAGGAGCUGGAGCGGGCACAGCGACUGGAGGAGAGGGAACGAAUCAUACGUGAGAUCUGGAGGAAUGGCCAGCCUGAUAUCCUUGGGUCGGGAACAGGGACUAUCGGAAGAGUGCAUUACUACUAAGAUACACGAGGCUUCAAGGGAAAACACUGUGAGCUCUGUGAAGGACAGAUGCAGACCUUUGGGUGGGCCAGAUGUCCCCGAAGCCUGUGAGACUUGUGUUAGAUGCAAUGCAACAUCAUGGAAACAGGACAACAGUGAUGUGACACUUUGAUAUGCCAAUACUCAGCUCUGACCGAGCUGAACGAUGUGAUAUUGCACUUCCCAUGAAGCUAUGUUAUUUUCAACUGACUACAUGAAAUAUAAACCAAGAGGUGUCUUAAAGAAUGAUUGAUCCAUGUGGAAAAGAUGCAGUAUGAAUGUGGGAGCUGACACUUGAAGUAAUCAGUCUGUUUAAAUGUAUGGCGCUUAUUGACAAAAAAUGCACACAGCUAGGUUUAUGUUUGUUAGAAGUGGAAAAUGAAAGCAUAUAUUAGGACAAUGUAUGUACUGUAUGUUGCAAUGAAGAUUUUUGUUUGUUUGCAGUGAGGACAAUUCUCCUCUAGACUGGUUAAUUUGUGGGGGAAAGAAAACACUCUCAGCAGUAAGGAGUAAGGAAAGGAAGGAAAUAACAUUGUUUGAACAAACAUAUAUCAAUCAAUGUGGGGGGUCCGAUUACGCAAUAUGAUGUAAAGACAGUUCAAAUUUAGGAGUACAUUAAAUCCAUGUCUGUGUUUUCAGGGAUAAUUCCACCAAAGGAAAUGACAGAAUUAAAGUAUUACGCUUAAAUCAG